AUGUUUUCUUUCAGACACUAUGCGACGGCUAGUAUGAACGAUGAUCUAAAGAAAGCAUCAAUAAUGUUUUUAAGAAACGCUAUUGGCCGUAUACUCGCUGACCGUGAUAUCAAACGAAAGGAGAAUGCACAGUUGCGGAAAGCUUGUGAGCAAGCAAUUGAAGAGCUGAAUGCGACCACUGAGUACAACAACGCUACGGGUGAAAAUGUAUCUAAUAGUGUAUCAGGCAACGUUCUGCCAUCGCACAUUCAAUUCGUUCACGCAGAUCGCUAUUUCUUGCCAUUUGACCUCGCGUGUCGUUCGAAAAGUGCACGCAUCGUUGUAAUCGCUCUUGAUUGUCUUCAGAAAUUGAUAGCCUAUGGACAUCUGGUGGGUGAUGGCGUUGAUGUGAGUAAUCCAGAUCGUCUUCUGAUCGAUAGAAUCGUUGAGUCAAUAUGCACACCGUUUGUUGGACCAAACACGGACGAAGGAGUGCAGUUGCAAAUCCUGAAGGCAAUACUUGCGGUUGUAUUGGCUCCAACUUGUGAGGUUCAUGAGGCGACGCUACUGCUGGCCGUUCGAACAUGCUUCAAUAUUUAUUUGGCCAGUCGAAGUCCGAUUAAUCAGUCCACUGCAAAGGCAUCAUUAACUCAGGUUAUCAACGCAGUAUUUGGGAACAUGCAAAGAGCUGAUGAAGCUGUUGUUGAGGAAGGUGAACAGUCUGACGAAAAUGUGGUGCACAUGAUAGUGGAAUCGCUGAUUGAGCAAGUUGCCGCAGAAGUUGAUCGCUCGAGCACGCGUUCGACAUCGAUGCACGAAAGUCGACAGAGUUCAUUCGGCAGUCCAGCGAUGGCCACUGGCGAUAACGUGUCAGUAUCUGCGUUGUCGAAUGCCUCAUCUCAAGCACAUUCGGGCCCUACGCCUGCACAUCCAAGAUAUCUAAAUCCAGUCUCAUUGGCUGCCGACUCAACAGAUGCAACUCACGAGGAUGUGCCGGCGACACAGCUUCAUUUCCGCACGGUUCAAGAGAAAGAUGCAUUCCUUCUGUUCAGGGCACUAUGCCGUCUCUCAACAAAAUCCUUACCUGAUAGACCAGAUCCGAAUUGUCACGAACUUCGCUCGAAAGAGCUCUCACUGGAAAUGUUACUGUUGAUCGUGCAGAAUUCAUCGAGUCUUUUGCAUAAUUCACAACCGUUCAUAUUGGCCAUAAGGCACUAUUUGUGUGUAUCGCUGUCACGUAAUGGUGUGUCGCCGAUCGUGUCCAUCUUCGAGAAAUCAUUAGCCAUCUUUGUGCAGUUGGUCAACAAGUUCAAAAUACAUCUGAAAAUGCAAAUUGAGGUAUUCUUCAAAGAGAUUAUUUUCUCAAUAUUGGAGAGUAGUUCGAGUUCAUUCGAACACAGAUGGAUCGUUGUGAAUACGUUGGAGAAGAUCUGCGAGGAUCCGCAGAGUUUAGUGGAUAUUUACGUGAAUUACGAUUGCAAUCUGACGGCGACGAACAUUUUCGAACGCAUCAUAAAUGGUCUGUCGAAAAUCGCACAGGGUGGUGGCAUAAUGGAUUUCGGUAAUGCGGCAGCGAUAAUUCAAAAACAACGUGAACGGUCAAUGAGGGUGUUGGGUCUGAAGUGUCUGGUGGAAUGUCUGCAGUGUAUGGUGGAUUGGUUCGAUGAUGUGUAUGUGGCUGGUAGAAUU